CCAAGUACGCUACGGCGGCACACAUUGGGGACUCUGACGGCAAAGAAAUAGUAAGCUAUACGGCACUUCUUUAGUCGGUUCGAGGCCCUUCGAUCUUUUGUCCUCACCACCUCUCACCAACACACACCUUGAAAUACAGUUGGUACCUGAAACAAAUGCACGAGUCAGAAACGACACAAGCCUAGACCGAGCUGCCGAUUCUCUUGUAGAUGGAUAUAUUUAUCUAUCUACCUUACCUUAAUUAUAAUCACCAAGUAACACAAGACCAUACGAGUCCUAAAAGCGAUACAGUCAGUUCCCUAUUGUAUUGCUCCCACCUUCAACAUGUUUCCUUUCGACCAAGCUUCCCUGCCUCAAAUAACAACUCGCAAAGCCCUCAUUGGCGUGGAUUUUCAGCAUGACUUCAUAUCCAAGGAUGGUGCUUUACCUGUCCACGAGCCGGAGAACUUUGUGGACCAGACGAUCAAGCUGGCCCAGGCAUUUCGAGGAGUCGGUGACGUUGUGUGGGUUCAGUCACAAUUUAGUGAGACCCGACCUGUGCUUGAAGAACAAAUCCUUGUAAGCGACAUGGCGCCCAAAACACCACGAGCUUCUAAGAGAGGUCGACCAAACAUCCCUGUUCAACCAAUCGACGACGAUGGCCCGCCAGAUGAAGAGGCCUUCCUGAGCCAUGAGGAUGCUACGUGUGUCAAGGCGGACACGCCUGGCUGCCGGAUAGCUUCAGCCAUAGAAGACUCAUUGCCCAAAACAGACACAAGGUUGACCAAAUCCCACUAUUCAGCCUUCCAGUCAACCCACCUGUUGCGCAUACUGCGUGCUAAGAUGGUCAUGGAACUCUUCAUUUGUGGAUCUCUCACCAACAUUGGUGUAUAUGCCACAGCUCUUGAUGCCGCAGGCCAUGGAAUGGCAAUCACCAUCGUCGACGACUGUUGUGGUUACCGAUCAGAGUCCAGAAAGACUUCGGCAAUAGCCUCUCUAAUAGAACUGACUGGAUGCGAAAUUGCCUCGUAUGACGAGGUCAUGGAGGUGAUACAACACAAGUCCAAACCCCCCAAGUCAAGAAAGCCCCCAUCUUCGUCCAAGGCCCAGGAACAACCCCAAGCUGCAAAGCCAGACCUUUCAAAAGAUGAGGGUCGCGAGAAGAGCACUACCCCGGAUUUUGUCAAGGACAUGACAAGUCUUCGACUGGCUUCAAGUCCCCCAAGCCCCGCAUCAACACCGACUCAGCCCCAGCCAAAGGCGUCGUCGACAAGUGCAGCUGAACACCGUGACUCAGAGGUCAGCCCGGAAUCGAAGGCUAGAGAAUCAAAUGGCGUCAAUCAGAUCAAAUCUACUGAGGCACCCAAUGGCAUACAUGAACUGAACAAGGCCAAGGAUUCCCCUGUUAAAGCCGUUGUCGCAGAUGCCAUCAAAGCCGAACCAGAUUCUGCAUCAUUGGAUCAUGCUUCUCAAGACCAAGGAGAAAGCACAAACAAAGAUUCCCAGGAUAAUCCUACACAAAAUUCAGACCAAGUCAUCGCCCCAUCGUCUCCAGCCGAGACAAGCCAGAAAGAAGAACAGACCAUUGCGUUACCUCCAGCCCAACCCCCCAGCAAGCACGAAGUACAGACAAUGAAAGCACGACCAGACAAGACACAGGAAAUACCUGAGAUGAACAAACCAGCGGCUAUACAUGAUGCCAACCUUCAACAGGAAGGCCUGUGCGAAGGAGAUACCGACAUCAUUGAGAAUGUUCUUCCUGAGCCAUUACUCGAGGGCGUUUUCGAUAAGUUGCGCGAGGAGGUUCAGUGGCAGCGAAUGUCUCACCAGGGUGGACAAGUUCCACGACUUGUUGCAGUUCAAGGUGAGAUUGGACCAGACGGGAGCAUCCCAGUCUACCGUCAUCCAUCUGACGAAUCUCCUCCACUGCUGUCGUUCUCUCCUACGGUACUGGCUAUUAAAUACGAGACCGAGAAACGGCUGGGCCAUCCUCUGAACCAUGUGCUGAUCCAGUACUACCGAGAUGGAAAUGACUACAUCUCCGAACACAGCGACAAGACUCUGGAUAUCGUCAAAGGAUCUUAUAUCGCUAACGUGAGCCUCGGCGCUGAACGAACUAUGACUUUCAGAACAAAGAGAAGGGAUAAGGACCCUUCACAGGAGGAUGUCACCUCUCCAACAACCUCGAAAAGGGUGAUACAGCGUGCCAGACUCCCACACAAUUCUCUAUGCCGACUAGGCUUGAAGAGUAACAUGAAGUGGCUGCAUGCCAUCCGUCAGGACAAGCGUUCAAAGAAGGAGAAAUCCGCGGCCGAACUUGCAUAUGAAGGAGGGCGAAUCUCUCUAACUUUCAGGCAGAUAGGGACGUUCCUGAAUGGCGAAGAGACUCUUAUAUGGGGCCAAGGCGCCAAGGCCAAGACCCCCGAGGAUGCCCACGCCGUCAUCAAUGGACAGUCUACCGAGGCAAUCGAGCUGCUGAAAGCUUUUGGGACAGAGAACCACUCAAGCGAAUUCGAUUGGGACGCACAUUAUGGGAAAGGGUUCGAUGUACUGCAUAUGAGCAACGCACCUCGCCUCUUUACCUGUAGUGACCCAACUAUCAAUAUGCGCAUUGCUCUCAUGUUAGCGGAGUUCAGCGUGAACUACGCAAAGGGAAGCAUCACGACUGGAUCCGCAGCAACAGACUCUGAGAAUCUAUCAGUCAAAUUCGUGGACAAGGACAAAUCCAUGGUUCAAGGUGAUAUGGCUGUCAUGUCGUACAUUGAUGCCCGCUAUGGGCUUGGGAGACCUGGCAGCACCCCACAAGCACCAAAGGACUUGGCCAUUCGGCUCACUCGUUUCCAGCGAGCCUUGGCUUUUUUGGAUAUCUGGAAAAGCCUUCCGAAGGAAGCCAAGAGCGGCAAGCGAGACACGAAGUCUCUUAAACAAGAGCUUGAAGUUUGGGACGGGUUCCUCGCUGAAGAUAAUGGACCUAACAUCGCUGGCGUGGAACUGUCUCUGCCGGAUUUCGCAUUCUGGCCAGUUUUGCACAACAUGGUGGAAGAAACAGGAGCAGAGACUCUCCGGGAUCAGAAAAGGCUGUGUGAAUACUAUAAGAGGGUUGGCGAGAGGCCCAGUUUCAAGAAGGUGCUUGGCCAGCAGUCGCAGCAACAGUCAUAGGAGAUUACCCCUGCUCGAUGGUUACAUUUUAGACAAGUGGUAAAAUGGUGAUCCUCAUGAUUAGGUAGUGCCUGGGUAAUACCUUGUCCUUUGCGAACGGGGAAGCAAAUUAUUGAUGCAAAUGUGUAUGGGAUCAUACGUGUAUACCUAUGUCUUUGUUCAUUGCAGCAACACGAUCUUCUUAUCUAAGUGAUCAGUGAAGCGCAGCACAACAGUGGUGACCAAAAAACAGGUUGAAAGCAAGGACAAUACCUUUCCAUGGCAACAGAGGACGUAGAGGAACCGUGGGAGACUUUCGGGCGUCGCAAAAAGACAAGGGGAGAAAAAUGGGGGAAGAGAAUUAUACAAUGUUUGGUAUCUAUUGUUCCAGAACCGUGAGGAGGAAAAUAUACUCAACGAACCGACCCCUCGGUUGUCAACUUGGAGCACCCUCUGGAGAUUAUUCUGAGCUGCUCCAUGGAAGAGGAUAUGUGCCAACCCAAUCCUCAACCUCACUUCGUAGUUGGACAAUUUCGGAUUCCGUCUCACCAUCACCGAGGUGAUCUAGGAAAACCUUUAUUUUGCCAGGGCUCUUUUCACCUUUCUCCUCUGCUGCUUUUCUAGCAGCUUUGUCGAUGCGAG